AGAGAAGCGAAUGAGGAGGGAAGUAUCGUUGUCUUGGUUUUGGCGCGAGAGGCGGACAGGUUAAGCAAGACAGGAACCCUGGCGUCUUAGCAUGGCAGAGGGGGAGGUGGGGAGGUGGCGCACAGGACGGUGUAAAUGGUUCAAUGUAGCGAAAGGCUGGGGGUUCGUCAGCCCGGACGACGGAGGCCAAGAUGUCUUUGUACACCAGAGCGUGAUCAAGAUGUCUGGCUUCCGAAGCCUGGGCGACGAGGAGCAGGUCGAGUUCGAGUGCAAGGUCUCAGACAAGGGCCUGGAGGCGACCGUGGUCACCGGCCCUCAGGGAGCGGACUGCAGGGGCUCGCAUCGGAGGCCCAUGAGCAAGAAGCGCUACAGGAAGAUAAGGUGCUACAACUGUGGAGAGUUCGCCAACCACAUCGCGGCCAAGUGCAUAAUGGGUCCGCAACCGAAGAGGUGUCACUACUGCAAGAGCGAAGACCACCUCAUAGCCGACUGUCCCCAACGCCCGGAAAAGAGUAAAGGGAGUGAAGAAGGCGAGGAGUGUGAACUAGGAGAAACCAAGGUCUAAUUGUGAUAGGUUUAGCUCACUAAGCCAAGCCUUUCUCCUCUGCAGUUAACUAACACAUUAAGUAAUAGCAUAAUCUGUAUGUCUUCUAGAGUUUGAUGGUGACAAAAAAACAUACUUAAUGGUGACAUGGUAUUUUUGAUGCAAAAGUUUGAUGGGUUUUUAUUUGAUAUUAUUGUUUUAUGAAAUGAUGAACAAUUCAGUUUUAUGUCUCAGUUUUAUUUUUAUUUUAUUUUGAAGAUUUAGCCAUUAUACCAGCAUAGUAUUUUUUCAUCAUAUUUUGAAGAAUUUCCUGAGCCAGUUUUCCCUUUUUUUUCUUCUUUUUUUUUGGGUGGAGAGGCUGUUCGUUAAUCUGAUUCUGCUAAUGAAAUCCCUUUACUUUUUCUCUUAAAAGAAGAAAAUGAGAUUGAAAAUGUGCCUGAAGUGUUAUUUAUGCUAUAUUGCUCAAGCACAACUGAAGGUUUAAUAGUAUUCUGUCAAGGCUUACUAACUGCACAUGUACUAACAGACUGCAAAUUAUCAUUAUGAUGACAGAGAGUUUUGGAACUGGAUUUCUUAAUUCAGUAAUGAUCAUACAGACUACUUUGUACUGUAAUUAAAUAAUACCAAUUUAAUGAACAAGACUAUGGAAAGAAAAUAUGAAAAAUAAGAUAUAAUGUCAGGUUUGUACACAACUUUCCAAUGCAACAUUAAAGAUGUUCAGGUAUUUUGAUAAUGAGUGUGUAGCUGAUUGACUUAGCCUGUGGUAUAUGGUAGCAUAUUGCUUGUGUCUUCUGUGAAUACUAACAUAAAAGUGCUAGUAAUGUUCAGGUGAAUACAGCAACUCCCUUCACACUCAGGUUUUUCUAUGGUAUAUUCAGCAAGCCUUCUGCAUAAUCAAAAUAAGUCCAUAUAGAUGCAACUAUUUUCAAACUGUGUGGUGUAGAUGCAAAACUUUUAGUUAGAAUCAUAUAUUAUUUUCUGUACGAGUAUAGAUCUACCAGCCAGUCUUAGUCUGAGAUAUUAGGUCAUUGAUUAUUUGAUUUUUGAAAGUUUGUAGUUUUUGCAAUGUUUAUAGAAGCAGACUCCAUGGUGCUCAAGAGGCAAGCAGUCAAGUUCACAAGUAGAGAUUAAGUUGUAAGUUGUGGUUCAUGUUUUCACAUGGGUUUAAAACCUAAAGAAUCUCAUAAUCUGAAAAAAAUAGGUAUCCAGUUCCUUUUUUUUUUUUGUGGGUAUAUAAACUGUGUGGAUGUCUGGUUCAUGAAUAGAGUGCAUUAAAGAAAUGUAAAAGACAUGAUUUAUUUGUUUGUAGAUCCAGUUUUCUUUCUCAUUUAGGUUCAAAUUUUGAUUGUAAUAUGAUUUUUUUUUUUUUUUUUAUACCCUUGCUUCACUAAGCAUAAGAUAUAUAUUUAUAUUUGAGGGACAUGUAUAAUUAGCAAGAAUUAUAGAUAUUUAAAAGUUGCCCUAAGAGUGAAAACCAUGGAUAUACUGUAAUUAGGCAUGUAAUGAUAUGAUUAUGCUUAUUAAAAUGGGUGCCAAUUUUUUAAUGUAUCAGACCUUGCCAGAAUACUUACUCUUACCAAAAAACAAAAGCUUAUUUUGUAUCCCAGUACGUAUUCUGGCAAAUAAUGAUAAUGACUGCCAAAGUUCUGAAAUGAAUCACCUUUGAAAAAAAAAUUAUAAUAAGAAUGAUAAAAAAAGAUCAAAUAAAACCAAAUUUAAAAUGAGAUUGCACACCGUAUCCUAUUAACUUUAGAUUUCAGAAUGGCAGCUUUUGUUAUGUGUUCAGGGAGAAACAUCCAGAGUUCCUACAUGAUCAGGUUUGCUUAUCUUCUGUUAGAGUGGCAGUCGCUCUUAGUAUGGGCUGGCAGGAGAUGGAGUAUCAUGUGAAUUAAGAAAGAUUGAUGUUGAUAUUAGGGUUAUCGUUAAUGUGAUUAUGAUGAUUAUUAUUGUUUUUUAUAAUUGUAAUUAUCAUCAGCAUAUUAUUAUUAUUAUUAUUAUUAUUAUUAUAAUUAUUAUUAUUACCAUUAUAAUAUCACUAUUACUGAAUUGUUACAGUUAUUGUAUUAUUAUGAUAAUACAUAAAUACAUAAAUUCAUAAACUGUUAAUAUCAUCUGUUGUAUCUUCAUCAGAAUCUGAACUGAAAGAGGCUAGUCUUAAGAGGCUUUAUAAUAUAAUAGAAUCUUAGACAACUGAUGAGAGUACAACAGUUUAUUGGAGUACACAAUAUACUCAAGAUAUACGUAAGCAUCUGUGUAGUUGAUGUCUGUAGACUUCUUCCAAUAUGUAUAUGUAUAUGCACUUGCCUUGAGAAGAUCUGAAGACUUCAGCUUACAAGAACAUAUGAUCUUCUACACUGUGUAAUGUGUAAUAGUGUGCCAUUUGCAAUUCAUCUUGAAUUCUUGUCACAUGUGCUGAAACACAAGUCACAACAUUGCCACACAGUAAAAUGCAGUAUUUACAAGUUUUAGUAAGAAUUCCUUUGUCUUCAAACCUGCCAGCCCAUAGCAGAGGUUAUUCAUAAGUAAAAUAGUUUACAUAAUAUGCUUUAAAUAGCCACAGCCUUAUACUCACUACAUAAUUUCUUGUUGCAUUUUUGAACAGUUUGUUCAAAAAUGUUCUCCAGAUUAAUGUUAAGAGCAAUAUAUUUACUCUACAGUGCAUAUUACAGCUCAUUGUCCAUAUGCAUCUUUGUAUGCAAAAUUUCAAAUACCUCACAUAGCAUGGCUUUGCUGUCAAACAAAGCAAUGUCUUGUACAGUGUCUAAAGACAUUAUGUAAAGAAUGUUUCAGUUUUGAAUGUAACAGUUUGAACUCUGUGCAGAUACUUCUGAGUGUUUUUUUUCUCUCUUUCUUUUGUAGACAUUUUUUGUUUUUUUAGAAAAUAGUUUUAAAAGUCAUGUCCAGUGUUUGGGCAUAGAAAACUCCCAUGGUAAAAAUGGGGACCCUUAAUACAUGUCAGAAAAAAAGUUUGUUAAUAAUAAAAAUGGUCUUGUAUGCUUUUCUGCCUAACUGAUGUUCUGUUUUUUGUUCUAUAGGUGAAAGAUUACACCACUGCAAUGGACACUCAUAUUUUGAGUUCUGUGUAAAAGUUACUUCAAUAUUUAAUUCCCACAAUGAGUGUAUUGUAUUUGCAUGCUUCCUUAAACUUAAAGGAUAAUGGAAGCCACAUUCUGCCAUAGCAAAUGAAAGUUUCACAUCUAGGUUUUAGUCCCAAAAUUCUCUAGAACAUUUCCGUCUGUUGUCAAAGUAUUUAACUCGGUUAGGAAAAUUAUGUCUAAAUCAGUUUUUUUCUAGUAACCAAAUAGUAUUAACUACAACAUUUACCUUGAUACUUGGAAUACAUUUAAUGUGUCCAAAUAGCAUGUCUCAAUAUAAGUUUAAAUUUUGUAAUUUUUUGUCUGAUUGUAUUUACAUGCUUUUAUUUAUUUACUGUUAUUCAGUAUCACUUUUCAACAGUACAAAUGAAUUAAUACACUCCCUACAACCACUUCCCUUAGUUAUUCAGAUAUUGGCUUCACAGACACAAUGUAAUUUUGUAAAGCAGCUUCGACAAAUAGGUCAGUAAAUCAAAGAAGACACAUCUUGCCCAGUCCAUACAUAUAAAAAAAAAUCAAUUCCAUAGAGAUCAGGUGACAUUGUAGUGAAUUAUGCAACAAACCUUUAUGACAUCUGUGAAGCCUGAAUCUGAAUAGGAGAAAUGUUACAAAAAUAUGUAAAACAUUUAUCAGUGAAUAAAAAUCCCAGAAAGGAGAGGCCAAGCCCAUAUUGCCUGGGAGUGCUAUGACAGCCUGGCAUGAAUUUCACAUAUCACAGCUGAGGAGUUGAGAAUCACCAUGGGAGAGGGUAACAACAGCCUUAUCAGGAGCUAGGACUACACCAUAAAUCUUGUACCUGAUGUACAGUCAAAAUUGUAUUAGCUUUUUUCUUUUUUAAUUAUUAAUAUUCUCUCUCAGAAAUUGUUAUUGUAGUCCGCAAUAUAUUUAUUCUAUAUAAGUUAGGGCAGAACAAAGCCAAUCUUUCAUAUGCGUAAAAAAUGAAUGGAUUACUAUAUCACACUUCUUAAAAAGAGUCCUCUGGUUGUGCCAUUGGUGAGCAGGUCCAGUGGCCAACACUAAAGACCACUGGACUUGGCCACAAGACAUAUUAAUGCCAUUAGAGGCUUCAUAGAGCCAUGAGUGGGUAAGUAUGGGAUGAAGAAAUAUGAUGUAAGGCCAACAGUCCAUUCUUAGGACAAGAGGGGAUCAAUAUUACAGAAAAAGGGGUCAGUCAAGUCAUGUCAGGUCAUCUUGAACAAUAGCUCAAGGUAGGUAAUGAUGUGUGGAAAAUCUUAUUAAGGUUGACCAGUUUUUGGCGCAUAUUUCACGUAUUCGUGGUUAUUGCCCUUGUCAUAAAUAAAGCAAUAUCUAUGAACUGGUGAUAAAAGAUAUCUCAAACGUGAAUGCACUAGAACUGGUAACAUGUACUAGGAUUUCUAUGUAUCACAAAAAAAUUAAUACAUCUUUCACAAGUUCAAACAUGUAUGUACAAAUUUCAAUUUUGCAAAUUUUCUUAAAAUAUGUAAAAAAACCUAUUUAUAUAACUUAUACCAACAACAAAGUUAUUUGUGCAAUGUAAGUAGGUACAUCCAUUAGUAGUAAUGAUUAAUGAUUACUUUCACAGUGAUUGUAAUUAUAUGACUUGAAAUGUUACUACGCAAAAUGACCCUAAUCCCCAAUGAGAGAUCCUAAACUUGAAGCUGUUAACAAAUGAGUGUUGCCCCCUCACCCCCCACAAGUGUUCAUAUCAGGGCACGUGUACAGCUUGUUGUUUGAAUAAUUAGUUUGUAGUAAACAUUAAAACCUUU